AUGGAACGCAACAAAGCGCUAGCUUGGGGUUCACCUUCAGUGGUUAGAGUUUAUGGACUCAAUAACAUUACUGACGACUCUGGUGUCACUGACCCGAACUGGGAAUGCUUCAUCGACAAUAUCAGCAUUGGAAGAAGCCUAGGUCCAUCAACGCUAGUAGGAAACUACUGGACAAUGUGCGAGCACCAUCAGCUGGUCGAUGGAUUCCACUACCUAACGCUGAACGCAACGGUCGUAAAAGGGCAAACAUGCUGGAUAGACGAAAUUCAAUAUAUUUCUUCCUAUAUGGACAUUGAUUCACAGAAUGCGGACAUCUACGUGGACAAUUUAGAUCCUGCGUUUGAAUUCAGUCAAGGGUGGGGCGACUUCGAAGGCUUUGUUAAUACAACAAAUACAAAUCAUGCAUCCGUGAGUUUUCCAUUCACUGGCGUCUCUGUUGAAUGGUACGCGUAUGUAUCUUCAAGCCCCAGCAUCCCGGCCAAUGCAACCUAUUCAGUGGACAACGAAGACCCGGUCACCUUUUUGAUACGCGGCGAUCCUCAAGCCAACAAAUUCAACCAAUUGCUGUUCAGAACGCGGCAAUACACACCUGGUCCACACGUUCUCAGUGUCACAUACCUAGGAGAUUCAACGACAACUCCUCUCACAUUGGAUUGGCUAAUCGUCCAAAAUAUCACGAAUCUGUUGAAUAACAAUGGAAAUUCAAACCUGAACGAACCAGAAUCACCGGCGCACUCUAAAGUUGGGCCCAUCGUCGGUGGAGUUCUGGGUGGCCUUGUUAUAAUUGGGGUCAUCACUGCUGCCCUGUUCUAUACAAGAAGACGGAAGGCAAAGAAGCAGAAACAAGAAGAGGGAACAUUGCUUGAUAUAGACGCAGACGCUAUGAUUCAACCAUUCAGACUCUCUCCAAGUGUCCCAACAGGCUCGGUUGGGAAUAGCAUUGGUACCUAUCGCUUGCCCCAGAUUAACAUGGCGACAGCAAACUCCUCGAAGCUUAGCUUGGAUCACAGUUUAUUACAACCUUCAAGCGUAGCCACAGAGAUUAAGGAUACUCCCCUUGUGUCAACCGGACGCAUAGAUCAACGAAUGCCGACUGCACAAGGGCGCCUAGAAACACCGCAAUUACCCUCGGUCAACGGUAUUUCUAAUAGCACUCCGAGCCAACCGUCUGGCACCUCUCUACGUCGACAAAACAGCUUACCAAGUGUGCCGGCGCCUAAUGAACCGCAAGUUGCAAUAUCAAACUCCGGCACCCCUCGAAUGAUAGUGCACGAAGAUAGUGGUCUUCGAUUACAGCGGGAAAGUCACGGGAGUGUCCUUGAAGUGCCACCAAUGUAUACUGCUGGAUAA